AUGAUGAUGAGUAUGAUGAGCUAAGGAGAAUGAUUGUUGUGAGCAGAGAUCUCUCCAGGUCUGUCGGGAACAGUCUCAUCAGGAAUAUGGAGGAGAACGUUGACCUUGAGUCUGAGACUAGUUCAGAUGAAUCUACUUGGAACCUGGAACUCCCGAAUAUAUUAGGGAUAAACCUGGAUUCAGAUUCAGAAAACACAGAACUAACAAAGGAUAGUAGAGAAGCAGAACAUGCAGGACUUGGAGGGUUUGGACAUGGAGGUCAUGAAGCACAUGGAGGACAUCGAGAACUUGGAGAACUCGGAGAACUUGGAGGACCUGCUGAAGAUGAUUCAGAUGUUUGUAAUCAUGUAAUACAACAUCUUCAUGAAGAAAUAGAGAAACGAGAAAUCAAUCUUCGAUCCAAUCAAUCAAUAAUAUCCAGUAUACAGAGUGAACUAAGAGAGAAGGAUAGAAUCAUCAGAGAACAAGUGGAAACUAUCAAUUCUUACAGGGAGGAGCUAGUCUGCCUGGAUGACCCCACCAGCUACGGCGGGGGGAACCCGCCUUGUCCCAACCAGAGACGGCGGGAGGCUGAACGAUCCCAGCUCCGGCGGUUACGGCGGCGGGUCAAACAAGGAUUAGAGAAGCGUUCUACCCCGGAAACUAAUGUAGGAAUAGCGCAAGCUUUAUCUGGAGAUUCUUCUGAUUAUUCUGAACCUGAACCGGGAAUAUCUCUAGCGAGAAUAGGUCUUCAACCACAACUAUUAAAUGAUGAACAUUGUGUCUGUAACUCCAGCAUUUUCCUUUCUGAUUCGGAAACCGAGCAAAACAAUUGUUCCAGUUUAACUUCAUGCGCGUCUGCCUGUCUGUCUUCCAGCAGUAGAAUUAUUCAAGGUCUGGUUGGAAGUAUCCUACAUGGACUGGAUGAAUGUGAACUCCUUGACUCUGGUAUUGAUGAAGAUAUUCUUGAUGUUGAAGACCUUGAAGAAGAUCCUCUUAAUUUCUGCUCUUCCUGCACUAGAUCAUUACCCAGGGAGUUUGGAGAGAACCUGCAUGAUGUACAGCGAGGACUCCUCCAUGUGCAGCAGCGUGUACAGUUUAGAAAGUACAAACUUGAGCGCAGAGCUAAACGGGGCAUUCCUGCGCAUGAGAAGGAUGUCUACCAACUAAGAGCAGAAGUAGAAGAAUUGAAGGAUAAGCUGAAUACUAAUUAUAUCCUGGUUGCUCAGCUUAGUGCAGAAAACCUUAGAAUACAGGGAGAAAAGAACAGAUUGGACGAGGCCGUUAAAGAGAGGAUGGAGAGGAUGAAAGAUAUGGAAGAGAGGACAGACGAAAUGGAGGAGAAAAUACUCAACCUUAACUCUUCCCUUGAAGAUAAACAAAAAGAGAUUGAAGGUUGGAGAAGAAAAGGAGAUGAGCUUGACACGGCUCGGAGAGAACUGGAGGCGGCUCGGAGGGAACUCAAGAUACUGGAGGAACAGGUUCAACAGCUCAAGACAGAGAUUGAGAAGAAUGAUUACCGUGAGACAGUAUUUGAGAAAUCAUCUCCAGAAACCAGCAGUAGUUUCGAUUAUAUGAACUGCGGUACAAAUACAGGAGAAGUGGGUUCCCGUCCAAGAGCGUUCUCAUCUUGUACAAGAAGCUUUCCGGUCAAUCUUGGCAGAGAUAAGUUGGUAGAUGUCUCCUCCCCUGAUCUGGGAGUAGAUGUAGAGUCAGAUCCAUUUUCAAGUCUAGAGAGAGGAUACAAAGUUGGAUCGCUAGCUGUUGAUAAACUUAUACUAGAAAACAGAAAUCUCAGGCGGGAAAAAGACGUGCUGGGACAAAAGUUGGUGCGCAGUAAAGCCGCGCUUCAAGAUACUCUUAGCAGACUUUCUCGCGCAAAUCUUCACAAACAGGAUCAAGUUGUGUCUCCGGCUCCUGUAAGACGACCUUUAUCUAGAGUUCCAUCAGAAAGAGGAAACCUUUUAUCUGAUUCUCCGCCCUCGCUGUGGAGCUGGUCCCAUGAAUCGCCUGGUUUAAGGCGGAGAAACCCGGAAUCUCCGCCUCCACUACCCAGAGUUCCUGAUCUGAACUUUAAACUGAGAAAAAAUAAAUCCAGUAGACACUGAUUGAGUUGGUUGGUGAA